AUGCCUCCUAUCAUAUCCUUUCUCCUCCUCCUCUUCACCGCCUCCCUUUUCUUCUCCACUUGCUUUUCCAUUGACGACCAGGGCCGAGCUCUGCUCCAAUGGAAGUCAACCCUAAAUGACUCCGCCGCCGCCGCCCUCCGCUCCUGGACCCCGGACGACGCCACCCCGUGCAACUGGUUUGGCGUCACCUGCACCCCCGACGGCGCCGUCCAGGAACUCAGCCUCAAGUCCGUCGACCUGCGGGGCCCACUCCCCUCCAAUCUCCAACCCCUCAAGUCGCUCAAUACCCUCGUUCUCCAGUCCGCCAACCUCAACGGCGUAAUCCCCGCCGAAUUCGGGGAAUACUCCGACCUCGCUCUCAUUGACGUCAGCGACAAUGCCCUAUCCGGCCAGAUUCCCCCCGAAAUCUGCGGGCUCAGCAAGCUGCGGACGUUGGUCCUCAACACCAACUCGCUCCAAGGCGGAAUACCGCCGGAAAUCGGCAACCUAUCGAGCCUCGAGCGCCUCAUACUGUUCGACAACCAGCUCAGCGGCGAGAUCCCCAAGAGCAUAGGGAGGUUGAAAAACCUCACGGCCUUCAGAGCAGGCGGGAAUCAUAAUCUCAAGGGCCAGUUGCCCGACGAAAUCGGAAACUGCACCAAUUUGGAGAUUCUCGGGCUGGCCGAGACCAGCAUUUCCGGGAACCUGCCUCCGUCGAUCGGAAACCUGCACAAAAUCCAGACAAUCGCGAUUUACACUUCUCUAUUGUCUGGUCCCAUCCCAGACGAGAUAGGGAACUGCACGGAACUGCAGAAUCUGUACCUGUACCAGAACUCUAUCACGGGCCCAAUCCCUACGAGGUUAGGGGACCUCAAAAACCUUCAGAGCCUGCUGCUAUGGCAGAACGGCAUGGUGGGGACAAUUCCGUCCGGACUUGGAAACUGUAGAGAUUUGAGAGUGAUCGACUUCUCCAUAAAUCUCCUCACCGGAAAAAUACCGGCGAGCUUCGGGAAUCUCGUCAAGCUCGAGCAAUUGCAACUGAGCAUGAACCAACUGUCAGGUACUAUACCUCCCGAGCUCCUAAAUUGUGUCCGUCUGACUGAUUUGGAACUCGACAACAAUCAAUUUUCCGGGGAAAUCCCACCCGGGAUCGGGAAUUUAACUGGCCUGACUAUAUUUUUCGCCUGGAGGAAUAACCUGACGGGCACCAUCCCGGAAUCUCUAUCCGCUUGCCGGAAUCUCGAUGCCCUCGAUCUUUCUUACAACGGGCUUUACGGCCCGGUGCCAAAACAGAUAUUCUCACUAAGAAACUUGACAAAAUUGCUGCUGAUCUCAAAUAAUCUUACUGGCUUUAUCCCGCCCGACAUUGGCAACUGCACAAACUUGUACCGGCUGAGGAUCAGCGAUAACGGGCUGGGCGGCACUGUUCCAUCCGAAAUCGGCAACUUGAAAAAUUUAAACUUCCUCGAUAUGGGCGGCAACCAUCUCGUGGGAUCCAUACCUUCUUCCAUCUCGGACUGCAAGAGUCUCGAGUUUCUUGAUCUCCACUCCAACUCGCUGUCCGGAACCCUGCCUGGGACUCUGCCGAGAAAUCUACAGUUCGUGGACAUCUCGGAAAACCGGCUCACAGGCCUGCUGACCCCAAGCAUCGGCUCUCUCGCCCAACUAACCAAACUCAAUCUCAGAAGAAACCAUCUCGCCGGGAAAAUCCCUGCAGAGAUCAUCUCCUGCAGUAGGCUACAGUUGCUCGACCUCGGGGACAACGCCUUUUCCGGCGAGCUUCCAAGAGAGCUCGGCCUGCUCCCAUCCCUCGAGAUCUCCCUCAACCUCAGCUGCAACCAAUUCACGGGCGUAAUCCCAUCCGAGUUCUCCAACCUCGACAAACUUGGAAUCCUCGACCUCUCCCACAACAGAAUCUCCGGGAAUCUCGAUCCCCUCGGGAGCCUCCAGAACCUCGUUUCCCUCAACAUCUCGUUUAACGACUUCUCAGGCAGCCUGCCCAACACCUCUUUCUUCAGCAGGCUGCCCCCAGGCAGUCUCCAGGGCAAUCCCAACCUACACUUAAUUACCGCAACCAGUGGCAUGGUGGACCCCACCACCCGUCACGCACGUGCCUCCAUGAAACUGGCGAUGGCGAUUCUCAUCAGUGUAAGCGUGGUGCUCGUUCUGCUUGCCAUUUACGUCGUGAUCCGGGCCCGUAUGGCCCGAAACGGGAAGACCACAGGGUCCAAUUCUUGGGAGAUGACGUUUUAUCAGAAGCUGGAGCUCUCGAUUGAUGAUGUGGUCAGGAGCCUGACAUCGGCCAAUGUGAUCGGUACAGGAAGCUCAGGAGUUGUGUACAGAGUGAUGGUCCAAGACGGUGACACCCUGGCUGUGAAGAAGAUGUGGGCCUCGGAGGAGGAGGAGGAGGUGAGCCCGUUUGUGUCCGAGAUCCGGACGCUCGGCUCCAUCAGGCACAAGAACAUUGUGCGGCUUCUGGGGUGGGGCUCGAGCCGGACGAUGAAGUUGCUUUUCUACGACUACCUCCCGAACGGGAGCCUAAGUUCGAUGCUCCAUGGUGGUGCACAGAAGAAUUAUGGGGGAGCCGAGUGGGAGGCGAGGUUCGAGGUCGUUUUAGGAAUUGCACACGCGCUCACGUAUUUGCACCACGACUGUGUGCCACCCAUCAUUCAUGGGGAUGUGAAGGCUAUGAAUGUCUUGCUCGGCAGCCGAAUGGAGCCGUACCUUGCGGAUUUCGGGCUUUCGAGAGUCGUUGAUCGUGAAGCUGACGCUAAACCAAGUCGAAACCGGCCUCAUAUGGCCGGUUCAUACGGUUACAUGGCUCCUGAGCACGGAUCGAUGCAGAGGAUCACAGAGAAGAGCGACGUAUACAGCUUUGGUGUAUUGGUGCUGGAGGUGCUGACAGGGAGGCACCCGUUGGACCCGACGCUGCCCGGUGGGUCCCACUUGGUCCAAUGGGUGAGGGAGCACCUGAAUCAGAAGCUGGACCCGGUGGAUAUGCUCGACCCAAGGCUGAGGGGGCGGGCCGAUCCGCAGGUGCACGAGAUGCUGCAGACGCUGGCCGUUGCGUUCCUGUGCCUUAGCACACGUGCGGAUGAUCGGCCGACUAUGAAGGACGUGGUGGCUAUGUUGAAGGAGAUUCGGAACGUGGACCCUGCAAGGUCGGAAGGAGGUGACUUGUUCAAGGGGAAUCUUUGGGCCAAUCAUAAACCACCACCUAUGCCUAUGCCUAUGCCUAUGCCUGAGAGAGUGUUGUUGCAAGGAUCCUCAAGCUGCUCUUUUGCAUUCUCAGAAGAUUCUGUUUGA